AUGCAUCUCCUCACGUUGUUUGGCGUAUGCAGCGCCCUACUACCAGCUCUCGCCUGGAGCAAGCCGACUCAUCAAACCAUCACCCCUCGAAAAGUUGAUUGGGACAUGAGUGACCUUCUCGGUUACAAGCGAUAUGUGACUCGCUGCGUGUGCGAUUGCGGCGCCAGUCAGGGCGCCAUCACCGGCAAAAUUGCCACCCCCGGCGGUACAGAGAUCAAAAAAGCCGAGAAUUGCCAGAACACUUGCAUCACCAAGCUGAUGCAGGAGGUGAGGGGGUCCUAUGAUGGGUACAAGGUGAUGAAGAGUUGGUACGAAGACGAGGUGUUGAAAAAUGGAAAUAAUGAAAGGUUCCCGUGGCCACCCGAGUCCGCUUGCAAGAAGUCCGAGACGGGCGCGGGUGGCGAUGACACCGAGUCCGACACGGACGCGGGUAGCAAUCAUGGGGAGUCUGUGGAGAUCGACAUGAGUGCUACAUAUCCAGACUCCGAUUGA